AAAAACAAAACCCCCAAUAUUCUAUUCUCUCUUCCUUUCUCUCGUCACUUGCUUUUGCUCAGCAAAAACUCAGUCAAUCUCUUUGAUUGCUCAUUCAAAAAACAAAAAGGAAUUGAGAGAAAUGGGAAUAAAAGGAAUAGCAAAGAAAGCAAUGGAAGUGGGAGAGAUGGGAUUCAACAAAGAAGGUGGAGUCAUUAACUGGUUCCCAGGCCACAUGGCCGCCGCCACCCGCGCCAUCCGUAACCGCCUAAAGCUCUCCGACCUCGUCAUCGAAGUCCGCGACGCCCGUGUCCGUUCAAUUCCAUUUUCGUCCGCUCAUCAGGACUUGCAGCCCCAGCUCUCUGCUAAAAGACGCAUCAUUGCUCUUAACAAGAAAGAUUUAGCCAAUUCCAAUGUCCUAAAUAAAUGGGUUCGAUAUUUUGAUUCGUGUAAGCAAGAUUGUCUUCCUAUAAAUGCACACAGCAGAAGUUCUGUUAGAAAGCUUCUUGAGCUUGUGGAGUUCAAACUGAAGGAAGUGAUUUCGAGAGAACCUACCCUUCUUGUUAUGGUGGUUGGUGUUCCUAAUGUGGGGAAAUCAGCUUUAAUUAAUUCAAUCCAUCAAAUUGCAUCAACUCGCUUUCCAGUGCAGGAGAAGAUGAAACGAGCCACUGUGGGCCCAUUGCCAGGUGUUACUCAAGAUAUUGCUGGGUACAAGAUUGCUCAUCAACCUAGUAUAUAUGUGCUUGAUACACCAGGAGUGCUAGUUCCAAGCAUCCCAAACGUAGAGACAGGGUUAAAGCUAGCUUUGGCUGGGUCUGUGAAAGAUUCAGUGGUUGGCGAGGAUCGCAUUGCUCAAUACCUACUGGCUGUUCUAAAUACUCGAGGCACUCCACUUCACUGGAAGCAUUCUAACCAAUUGCAAGAGAUUACAAACAUUACUGAGUACAAACCAGAUUACAAUCCAAAAGAUCUUCGGCCAAAAAGGAAGAAGCUGUCCAGUGUGUCUGAUGUGCUGUAUGUCAAGGAUCUUGCGACAGAAGUCCAACAUGCAUUGUAUGUAACUCUGUCGGAAUUCAGUGGCAAUAUCGAAGAUGAGAAUGACUUGGAAUGCCUAAUAGAACAUCAGUUCGAAGUGCUGCAGAAAGCAUUGAAGAUACCUCAUAAGUCAUCAGAAGCUCGUUUGAUGGUAUCAAAGAAGUUUCUUACUUUAUUUAGGACAGGUAAACUAGGUUCUUUUGUCCUUGAUGAUGUCCCUGAGUUCAACCUUGUAUCAUAAAAUAUCUUUCCCCCCUUUGUUUUAAUCCUUAAUUUUCACAGCAAUGGAAGGAAGGAAUGAUUGAUAUAUUGUAUCACCUCACCGGGUUUUGGUUGCUAUAUCCUUUUUUUGCUUCUUGUCAUGUUAAAAUGCGACUGAAGAAACAUACUGGUCUUCCUGGUCAUUGGGCUUUUUCCCAAAUGCCGACCAACUAAUUAACAGGCUAAAUAUUGAUCAUA